UUGGGAGCUGGCUCGCUGAAAGCGAGCUCCGCCUGUGCUCGCUGCUAGCAAGCAUCCGCUUCCGGUUCCUGGGCCGAAUUGGCGGCGAGCCGAGGCGCCGCGGAGGGAGGCCUGUUUGCCGGGCUUUGCCUGAAAUGGACACCCGGAUCCCUUAUGAUGACUACCCAGUGGUUUUCCUGCCUGCCUAUGAGAAUCCUCCAGCAUGGAUUCCUCCUCAUGAGAGAGUGUACCACCCAGACUACAACAAUGAGUUGACCCAGUUUCUGCCCCGAAUUGUCACACUGAAGAAGCCCCCUGGUGCUCAGUUGGGAUUUAACAUCCGAGGAGGAAAGGCCUCCCAGCUAGGCAUCUUCAUCUCCAAGGUGAUUCCAGACUCGGAUGCACAUCGAGCAGGACUUCAAGAAGGGGACCAAGUUCUAGCUGUGAAUGAUGUGGAUUUCCAGGAUAUUGAGCACAGCAAAGCUGUUGAAAUCCUGAAGACAGCCCGAGAAAUCAGCAUGCGUGUGCGCUUCUUUCCUUACAAUUAUCAUCGGCAAAAGGAGAGGACUGUGCACUAGAGACUUGCAGCCCACAGCCCUCCACGUGGACUCUGCCAGAGCAAGCUGGCUAGCCCUCCGAGAAGCCAGGCAGGAAAUUCUACUCUCAGCGCCUUCCUGGCUUAGUGGAUGGGGAGGAUGGGGAGACAGCUUACCAGCUGCAUUCUAUAUAAACUGUACUGUACUUGGAGUUCCCUAGUUUCAUAGGUGAGUUUUAUUCUGGAAAAGGAGAAAGAUGAUGCUGUCUAGAUGUCUGUAGCCUAUGUAGAAAGCCAGCUGGAAAGCAACUGGCAUUUAUCAGGUACCACAGAUCGGUCACUUAGCAUUUUAUUUGUAGGAAUCAGUAGAAAAAACGAGUCUGAGGGGCCUUCCAUCUGAUUUGCCUGGCCAUGCCAUCCAGUCCCCGUACAUAUACUUUGGAGUCCCAUGCACUUGGGAGACUCCAAAGAGACACUGUUUUUGCCCCUUCCUCCUCGUCCCCCGAAGUAAAAACACAAUACUGAAUAAAUGUGGCUUGAGUGAUACUA